AUGGACACCAGAAUGCAAAACAUGAACACACAGUUCCAAAACAGUACCGAUAUUGGAUCAUGUUUAUCAAAUCUCAUCUUAUCAUCUACAACAAACACACUUGACUCUAUUUUCUCUGAUAUUCCAUCAACAAAUACCAACAACAACAACACCAACAAUAAUUUCUUGGGGUGUUCAAAUUUUGAACCUUUAGGUUCCUCUGUUUAUCUUCGUCAAAGAGACAUUCUUCAAAAAUUCUACGAAGAAACUCGAUUAACCCCCUCUUUCAUUCCAUCUUCAUUUUCAAACACUCCUUUAUACACAACAACAACAAAUUCAAUUUCAAAUUCAAGUUCGAGUUUGUUCACUUCUUUGGUGAACAACCCUCUGAAGAAGAAGCUAUACAGAGGAGUGAGACAGAGACACUGGGGAAAAUGGGUGGCUGAGAUUCGACUUCCUCAGAAUAGAAUGAGAGUUUGGCUUGGAACUUACGAAACUGCUGAAGCUGCUGCUUAUGCUUAUGAUCGUGCAGCUUAUAAGCUUCGAGGCGAAUACGCGCGUUUGAAUUUCCCGAAUUUGAAAGAUCCAACUAAGUUGGGUUUCGGAGAUUCUACUAAAUUGAAUGCUUUGAAGAGUUCCGUGGAUGCUAAAAUUCAAGCUAUUUGUCAGAAGGUGAAAAGGGAAAAAGCUAAGAAGAUUGCAGCAAAGAAGAUGAAGAAGAAUUCUGAGAACGAUAAUAAGAAGAAGAUGGAGUUAGAGAAGAUUAACUCGUCUUCUUGUUCUUCUUCUUCGUCUUCCUUACCGUUAUCGCCUUCGGUUUUCUACGAAGAUUGGGUGAAUGAAUUCUUUUCGCCUACCGUUUCUGAUGACGGAGUUUGGAAGGGGGAGAAUUCGAAUUCGCCGAAUUCUGUUUCGACAAUGGUGACAGAGGAAACAGAGUUUGAAGAUUGUUCAUUGGUAAGAAUGCCAUCUUUUGAUCCAGAAUUGAUUUGGGAAAUUCUUGCCAUAUAG